AUGGAGGAUCCUUACGAGCCUAUGCAAGUAGAUAUACAAGACAAUGUAGACGGUGAAAAUGAAAAAGAAGCGAUCAUCUCGGAUAUUACGGAAAUGGAAUUUGAUGCGUUAAUUGCCAACUAUGAAGGUUCCGCUAAGAUAUCAAGACUUAUUUAUGUAGCUGAUCAUUGUCCACCGUUUAAGUUAGAGGCACUCAGUGCAUCAACUAAUGCUUCAAAACCAAUUGAAAUUAAUAAAAAAUGGCUAGACACAACCAAAAGAUCUGCAGCGAUUAAGACUGAAACGUUGGAGAACGAUUUGAAAAGCUUUAAAAGUAACUCUAUCAAAGAGAGUAUACGGAGAGGUUAUAAUGAUCUAGGAGACCAUCAACUUUCUUGUGGCGAAAUUAGUCUAUCCCUGCAAAGUUUUAUUAGGGCAAGAGACUACUGUACCUCACCAAGGCAUAUCAUAAAUAUGUGCAUUAGCGUUAUUAAGACGAGUAUACAGCAAAAAAGUUGGACUAACGUAUUAAGUUAUGCUAGUAAAGCUGAAUCCAUACCCGAACUAGAAGACAUUUGUAAAACUGAUCAGUACAAAAAUGUUAAAACAUUCCUAAACUGUACAUCAGGAUUGGCUCAGCUUGCGCAAAAACGAUAUCAAGUAGCUGCACGCCGUUUUCUAGAAGCAAACUAUGAAGACUGUAGUUUUAAUGAGAUACUUACCGCUAACAAUAUAGCCAUAUAUGGAGGUAUUUGCUCAUUAGUCUCUUUCGAUAGAAAAGAGCUACAUUCGAAGGUCAUUUGUAGCAGCUCCUUUAAGUUAUUUCUGCAAGCAGAACCUGUGCUUCGUGAUAUUAUUUCCCAGUUUUACGAAGCUAAAUACGCGGCUUGUUUAUCCUCUCUAGAGAAAUUGAAGAAUGGCCUCUUGUUGGAUAUCUACUUAUCGUCGCACAUUAACACAUUAUAUACCAUGAUUAGAAAUAAAGCUCUUAAACAGUAUUGUAGUCCAUAUGUGCUGGCCGACUUACGUCGUAUGGCUGUCGCUUUUAAUACCACUGUUCCAGAUUUAGAGAACGAAUUGACAGCGCUCAUUUUAGAUGGAUUUAUAGAUGCUCGGAUCGAUUCUCAUAAUAAAGUUUUACAUGCUCGCGAUAUCGAUCAUAGGACAUCAGCUUUCGAAAAAGCUUUAUCGGUAGGAAAGGAUUAUCAAAGAAGAAUGAAGGCCCUCAUGUUGCGAUCUAUCGUACUUAAAAAUAAAAUCGUCGUCAAGACAUCCUCUGCAGAGAACGAAAAUAAUAAUUAA